AUGACUUACGCUCCAACGGCGCAAGGAUGGAGGAUGAUCAUCAUCGUUUCCGUCUUGGUGUUGCUGAGUACCAUAGCAGUUGGCUUGCGAUUGUACGCUCGAUUGAAGCUCGGGGUGCCGCUUCUUAUCGAUGAUCACCUAUGCUUCGUAGCGAUGUUCUUGAUGUAUGGGAUGCUGAUCCAAUUGGUGCUCUGGUGCACGAUUGGUGGCAAUGGAUCUUACAUAGAGGACUUGACCCCAUACGAAAUAACCAAUUUCUUCAAGAUCUUUCUCGCCAAUCAAUUCACUUACUUCUUCCUCUCCCCGACGAUCAAGAUUUCUAUCGUCUGCUUCUUCCAAAGAAUCUUCUCGGUAUCCCAGAAGUUCCAUUACGUAGCGAUUAGCGUCAACUGUCUCAUUGCUGUUUGGGGCGCCGGCAUCGUCUUCACCUGCGGACUACAAUGUCGACCCAUCAGGGCUUUCUGGGACCGUAGUAUCGAUGGAAACUGCAUACCGGUCAACACCUUCGUCAUAACCAAUCAAGUGUUCAACGUUAUUAUGGACUUCGUCCUCCUCGCCUUACCAUUGCCACUCAUUUGGAACUUGCGAAGAUCCUGGCAGGAAAAGCUGGCUCUCACCGGCAUCUUCGCUUUGGGAGGAUUCGUCUGCUUCGCCAGUGUUUACCGGAUCGCCUCCCUGCUCAUCAUCGUACCCGCACAAAUAACCAAUACCGUCUACCAAGCCACGCUCUGGACUCACAUCGAGCCCUCCGUCGGCAUCAUCUGCGCUUGUCUCCCGACCAUCCGUGGUCUCUUUUCCUGGCGCCGUAUGGGCGAUCAGUCCGAGAACAGCACUGACGCCGUGUCAUACGCAAAAGGCUCUAAGCCUGGACUCUCCUCGACAGACACCAAGUCCGAAUACAUUCGCAUGGCCGACACGAACCAAUAUCGCGCCGGGGAGACGGACGAGGAGAGCCUGGUGCGCCACGCGGAGGAGGAUAGCAAGAUCACUGUCCGUACCGACAUCGAGAUAACCAACGACGGGUCCAAGACGCCGAAAUCCCAUCUGGCGCACAUGUCGGUCCAGCAAUUGAAGCUAUAA